UUGAUUUUGGCGGGCUGUACGGGGGCACGCGGGCGCCUCGGGGUCUCCGGGCUGCCAAGUGGCUCGGAUAACCAAAUAACAAUCGGCAUGCGCGAGAAAUCUGCUUUUCCAGUUGGUCCACCCUCUUGAAAGGGAAUCGAUAUUUUCCGGGCUUUGUCAACGGCGGAUCCCAAUUUGCAUUUCUCGUGUGCCGUCUCUGCUGCUACGACCCUCACAAUGAUCGGGGGCUAACCAGCGCCCAGGAUGGCGGAGAACGCGACAGAGGCGGCCACUCUGGCGCCGCCGGCGCCGUACUCGGUGGCCGAGACGGUGCUGAUUGCGGUGAUGGCAGGAUCGUUGAGCAUGAUCACCGUCGCCGGCAACAUCAUGGUGAUUCUGUCCUUCAAGAUCGACAAGCAACUGCAGACCAUCUCCAACUACUUUCUGCUCUCGCUGGCCAUCGCCGACGUCUUCAUCGGCUCCGUCUCAAUGCCCCUUUACACGAUUUACUUGCUGCUCGGCUACUGGCCUUUCGGGCCCAACGUCUGCGACGUGUGGCUCGCUCUUGAUUACCUUGCUUCCAACGCCAGCGUGCUCAACCUUCUUAUAAUCUCAUUUGACAGAUAUUUCUCGGUAACUCGUCCUCUAACCUAUCGAGCAAAGAGGACGACGACAAAGGCAGCAGUGAUGAUUAGCUCCGCAUGGGGAAUUUCUCUACUGCUGUGGCCGCCGUGGAUUUUCUCCUGGCCGUACAUCGAAGGCAAACGCACAGUUCCCGACACCGCCUGCUACAUUCAGUUCAUCGAAACGAACCACUACAUUACUUUUGGUACUGCAAUCGCGGCGUUUUACGUGCCGGUCACGGUAAUGAUAAUUCUUUAUUGGCGAAUUUGGCGGGAAACGGAGAAAAGGAAGAAAGAUUUGCCAAAUCUGCAGGCCGGAAAGAAAGAGUGCUCAAAGCGCUCCAACUCGAGUGACGAGGCCAUGGACCUCGAGGACUGGAAAAGGACUCGCAGCGAGUCCAGUACUGGGCCUGACGAAGUCGACUCUCAGAGCUUUAUAGCGGUCCCAUAUCGCACGUGUGCGGUGCACGGGCCGACGGUGAACCAGCAGUACCACGCGCCGUGUUCGCCAUCGUGGAUCCGCUACAAGUGCGACCUGCUGGCGUCGUACUUGCGCUGCUGCUUCGCCCGAACCUUGGGCGGCGGCGAGGCGCAGCAGGCGCCGCAGCACCGAUUUUGGCGGCGCCGCCAGCAUGACUUGGACACGAUGAGCGAGGCGGGCUACAACACCUCGGUGUCGAUGGAGACGAGCGUACCUAGCAGCGUGUCGCGUUGCACCUCUCUAAACAUGAUCAAAGACCAGUACGCGGUCAACCCAACCGCCAGGCUUGCACACUACGAUCCUAAACAGGUGACAAGUGGGGCUCGCACGCUGACGCGGUCCGUGUCCACCGAGUCGGUGUACACGAUUCUAAUACGACUGCCCUCGGAGAACGAAAAGUCCGAGUUGGCGUCGAUCAAAAUGCUGCCGGCGCUGGACACUGGUUAUCCAGACGCGAAUCUGCGUCGCCACUCGUCGGACGUACGCAUCCCGUUGAACGCCAAAAUCAUCCCAAAGCAGCUGAUCAAGUCCAACUUCCCGCUGAAGAAAAAAAAGAAGAAGUCGAGUGAGAAGAAGGCGGACAAGAAGGCGGCCAAGACGUUGUCCGCCAUCCUAUCCGUGUUCAUCAUCUCGUGGCUGCCGUACAACGUGUUGGUGCUGCUCAAGCCGCUGACCUCGUGCGAGGACUGCAUCAGCCAGGGCGUGUGGGACUUCUUCUACUUUUUCUGCUACAUCAACUCGACCAUCAACCCCUUCUGCUACGCCCUGUGCAACGAGACCUUCCGCAAGACCUACAUCAAGAUCAUCAAGUGCAAGUGGCAGUCGCGCAACCGGGCUGCCCUCAACCGCGGAUAUUACAACUGACCGAGACAAUAAAAAUAAAAAGCCAAACCACACUUUACAUUUUUUACGGACCCUGAUCGACCCGACACUCGGCUUUUUUCAGCCCCUGAAUAACGCGAUUUUCCGGCCUGAUUCGAGAAUGGAGGACGAAAAACGAAUAUAAAUAGAGUAUAAGGAUUUUUGUCCAACGCGCUUUUCUGCGUUAGAUCGGUGUUUGUAUCAAACCUCAUUAUUAUACUUCCCAUUAAAGAGAAAUCUGUGUACUACUAACGUCAAAUUUUAGACAAAAUUAACUAUGAAACGAAUCUCGUGCCAAAUAUUUGAACAGGUCAAAGUUGCGUUCUUGCGGUAUUUGAAAUUUCCGGCGUGGAUAAAACUUCCGGCUUCCUCUUCUGGGUGGAGAGCAAGGGUGCAUUAUUAAAAUGGAUCUGAAUGUUUAACCAAAUUCCAAAAAUUUAAAAGGGCUUGGGACAAUAACUUUUUAAUAAUAAAAUUUGAUCUCCCAUUUCAAAAUUAUAUUAAAUUUCAGUUUAAGAGAAUUUUGUAUAUGUUUUUUCUCGUGAUUUUCUCCCCCGUCGCAGGCAUAUAGAUUUGAAAUUCCAAUUUAAUUACUGAUUUUGGGAGAUGCUGAUAGACGUGUACUUUUUUCUCAUCUCAAAAGAGGAGGUUAAGAGUUUAUUCUCGUCUCAAAAGUUACAAUUUGUAAUUUUGAAAAAGUAAAAAAAUUUAUUUGAAUUUUUAAUUAAUUAUAAUGCAAUGAGUGUCGGGCCGCCGAGGCAGGGGUGCUGUAUUAACGAACCAACGGCCACGCUGCUCAACGACCCUCGGUGUGUUCUCUUUCAUAUCCCCGCCCGACACAAUUGAGAACUGCUGCAGGCAAUUGUGCGAAUCAGUGUUUGGAUGUUUGUAUUCUACCUAACGAGCUGUGUUUAUUGAUUAAUAUUAAAUAUACACACAUAUGAAA